AUGGGAUUUAUAGAGAAAUUGAAGGAGAACCAAUGUGAUCUUGGUAUAAACAGUGAAGAACAUUGUGUGUGUGAUGUCUGCAGAUUUAGACAGUCAAAUUAUCGCUUUGUAAUAGGACAUCCUGAGCACAUACUUAACAAGACAGUAUUUGACAUUUUCAAGAACUCUUGUUGGCAAGAGAAGGUGACUUACAUCAUAGUAGAUGAAGCACAUUGUAUUGAAAAAUGGGGAAAUGAUUUCAGAACAGACUACAAAAAGAUUUCACAGCUCAGAUUAGUCUUUCCUCUUUCCCGAGUAUUAGCAUUGACUGGAACUGCAACACAAAAGACGUGUGAAACAAUUGAAAAAUCCCUAUGUUUGAAAAAAGUUCAUGUUGUUAAAUCAUCAAUUGUUAGAGACAAUAUUAAAUUGCUGUGUGAAAAAAGGCCACCACAGAAUACUCUGGACUCAUUCAGGACAGUAAUCAGUCCACUCAUCAGUGAUCUGAGGAAAAACAAAGACAAAUUUCCGAAAACUGUAGUCUAUUCAAAGUUAAAGUGGUGUGCAGAAGGCUACCAAUUGACCAUGAAGCCAGAGGAAGAUGGGACUUCAGUUUGUGAGGAAGUUAAGACAAUUGUUUCCCAGUACCAUGCACCAUGUACAGAAAAGUUUAAAGCAGAAGUUGUUGAGCAGAUGAAUUGUGGUAGUCUACGUCUCCUGUUUGCAACAGAAGCCUAUAGCAUGGGUACUGAUGCUCCUGAUAUAAGACAAGUGGUACACUAUGGGGUUCCUAGCUCUUUGGAAACAUAUCUUCAGGAAGUUGGACGAGCAGGCAGAGAUGGAAUUUUUUCAACAGCAACACUUUACUACAACAAGUACGAUCUAGGAAAAAAUAUGCCUGUUGAUCAGGAAGUUAGAGACUUUGUUAUGACAACAGAUUGUAGGUGGGAAAAUUUAUGCAAAUAUUUUGGAAGUGAGUUUGCCAGAAAGGUUGAUGGUCACGACUGUUGUGAUAACUGUGAGAAACAUUGUGACUGUUUACUUUGCUAUGAACCUUUACUAGAAACUGACAUGACUGAGGAAUUACCGAAAAAAUCAAAGAAAAUGAAGCUUGAAACUGACAAUAAAGAAGUGUUAAGGUCUUUAUUGUUUCAAUAG